AUGAACGGCUUUGCCUCCGAGGAGGUGACCCAGCGCGGGGCGGACCCCGCCGCCGCCGCCACCGCCGCGGUGGUGAGCAAUGCGGGCUCCGCCGUGGAGGUGCCGCCGCCGCCAGCGCCGCCGGGGCUCGCUCCGGCCGCCGCCGCGGGCUCGGCGGGCGCCGGGGGUGCGGGCGGCCCCGGGGCCGGGCAGCUGUGCUGCCUGCGGGAGGAGGGGGAGCGGUGCGGCCGCGCCGCCGGCAACGCCAGCUUCAGCAAGCGGAUCCAGAAGAGCAUCUCGCAGAAGAAGGUGAAGAUCGAGCUGGACAAGAGCGCAAGACAUCUGUAUAUUUGUGACUUCCACAAAAACUUAAUUCAGAGUGUGAGAAACAGAAGAAAGAGGAAAGGCAGCGAUGAUGAUGGUGACUCACCAGUGCAAGACAUCGACACUCCAGAGGUUGAUUUAUAUCAGUUACAAGUAAACACACUUCGAAGGUACAAAAGACACUUCAAGCUACAGACCAGACCGGGACUUAACAAAGCACAGCUCGUUGAAAUAAUUGGCUGCCAUUUUAGGACAAUUCCUGUGAACGAAAAGGACACCUUAACAUAUUUCAUCUAUUCGGUGAAGAAUGAAAAGAACAAACCAGAUCUAAAGAUGGAUAGUGGGGUUCAUUAGAUGGAAAAGGUUGGGACUGAGACUCAGGCCGCAAAUCAAAAGACUGAGGGUUUUUGUUGAUAUGCAAAAGCUUUCUUUGUAACUUUUUUCCUCCCCAGAGAGUUUGUCUCUGUUUUAUUUUUCAUAACCUUGCUGAUUUGUUUGAAAACCGUCUCUUAUGAAACAAAUUUCCUCAGCAAAAGUAUUUUAAAUAAAUAUUGCUGAUAUUGUUGCUCAA